CAACAUGUUGAAGGCAGAAGAGAUCUCAUCAUACGUUGCCUAAUGGAGUUCCUUGGAGAGUCGGGAGAGGAGCUGAUCAAAGACUGCCAGGAUGUAGGUGAAAAAGACUCUGUUCAUCAUGUCCUCAAGAUCCUCGUCAUCAGUGGAAAUGCAGCACAGGAAGGCCACAAUCCUGCCCAUGUGUCAGUCAUCGUCGAAGGAAAAGAGGUUCUGGAUGACUGCAAAACCGUGGCAAAGGCUUGCCUUCUGCUCAUGGGCUUAAUCUACGCCAUGAACUUGAGUUACCCACUGAAACUGAAAUACACAUUUGAAGUGUUUCAGAAGCUGUUUCUAGAGCUGGAUGUUCUGGAAAUGUCGCCUAAGUUCUGCUUGCCCAAGACUGUGAUCAUGUCUGCCCCAACUCAACUAUGUGUUGUUAUUGAAGAGACACAAGUUUACAAGUUAACCCUACCAGAUGGAAUCCCUAGCACUGUAGACGAACUUUUGGCAGCUGCGCAGAAUCAUUUUAAACUUGAAGGGAGUUACACUGUAAUGCACAUGGACAAAUAUUUCGAUAAUCAAUUCUUCACACUAACAUCAACCGAUGUGGUUAAUGACAAGGACACAAUCAAACUAGUUCAAACAGAACCAUCUGUAAUUUUGACAUUGACUUCUAUCAGUGAGCCUUCAGGUUCCUCCACUCCAGUGCCGCUGGAUCAGUCUUCUCAAGAUGAGAGUUCCUCAGCCAGCUCAUCUGACACCAUUAUUUUACAACUUUCAGCAGAGUAUCGAUCAGAGCCAUGGCCAACCAAUUUUGUGAUACCCAUCUUUUCAUAUGGUGUCGAAAUGAUUCUUGAAGCUGGAAAUCAAGCUUAUGAACGAGAUGGCUCACUUCUUCAGGAUCCAAGUAUCUACUCUGACAUUCUAGAGAAACUUGCAGAAGCAAUCUACCACUACCAGGCCUAUCCCAGUGCUCUUCAACAACUCGAAGUUGUAGAAGCUCUACUAAACAAACACCCAUGCUUGAGGGAGCCUGGAACCUCAUAUUCAGGCACAUAUGGGUGGCAGAAUCGUCUCAAAAUGAAGAUGGACAAUUUCCGAAGAAAACUGAAAAGGGGCAAUGUCCCUUGUCCCGAGCUUCACAUCAACUCCUUGAAAAGGAAGGCCCCUGGCGAGAGAUAUCCUGCAAAAAAAUGCAAGAAACCGAAGAGAGCCGAGGUGAGCUUCCUUCCCCCAUAUCCAAGUGGAGAAAGCAACGACAGUCUGGAGAGGGACAGACAGGAGCUCCUUAACGAGGUUAAGAAGAAGGACAACGCUAAAAUAAUUAACGAAAAAAUGGCCAACACAUUUUCCUAUCGAAGACUCGAGGUUGUGAGUGAUAGUCCUGCUGCUGCUGACUUCAAAGAGAGAUGGCCUGCUUUGUUUUGUGAAGCUGAGAUCAAGGAGGAAUUCAGGAGAACAACUACCAUUCCCCUGGAGCGAACCUUCAUGCACAAACUGGACGAACACACACCAAAACGUAUUACCCUGAUGAAAGCCAAGGGAGGUGCCGAGGGGAUCAAGAUGAGGCCGCUCCUGGACAGACUGAGUCAGAAACAGAGCAUUGAGAUGAGGCGUGAAACCAUUAUCCGCAGCCUUAUACUGUACCUUGGCGAGAAGGAAGAGGAACUUUUUGAAGACUGCUUGGAGGACAGCCGGAGUGAUGUCAGUAACCACAUCCUCAAAAUUCUCGUCGUCCACGGUGCUGAUGAGGAUCCAGUCGAUGUCUCCAUCCUUGUGGAAGGCCAUGAGAUUUUGCCAGGGUGCAACAGUACUGCGAAAGCUUGCUCACUGCUCAUGGGACUGAUUUAUGCCCUGAACUUGGCAUACCCUCCCACUUUGCGCUACACUUUUGAAGUCUUCCAAAAACUCGUGCUGGAGCUGGAUGGAUUCAAACUGUCCCCAAAAGCGGAGCCGGAGGACCGACGGCGGGGCGUGCUGCGCCGGGGCCCGCCCCAAGAUGGCGGCGAGGAGGCGGGGACGGCGAGCAAGUGGCAAGAGUAA